AUGGCGCUUCCGGACUGGACGGUGUGUUUACUUGGUGUCGCUGCCUCGAUUUGUGGGGGCUUUUGUAUUUACCGUCUCCUCAGACGCCCUAGGAGAGGUCCAUGGAAAAGGAGUGUUGUUGCGGAUUUGAUGGCGCGCACAGAGAAACCGCUGUUUUGGAUAGCGUACUCUCUAUACACACGGACCAAACUUGGCUACAUGUUUUACAAACGGCAGAUGAGAAAAGCAAGAGAGAAGUACCCAACUGGCCACUCGAGAACGGAGCCCACAACAAUAAACGGUAUCAAGAUCAUUCCAUUAGCCAUCCUGUCUGACAACUACAGCUAUGUGAUCAUUGACACAGCAUCGGAUCUUGCCGUGGUGGUGGACCCUGCUGAUCCUCGCUCUGUCCAGAGUUGUCUGGAAGAGGAAGGGGUGACUUUAGAAGCUAUUCUCUGCACACACAAACACUGGGACCACAGUGGAGGAAACAGAUAUUUAAAAAAGCAACACAGCUCGUGCAAGGUGUAUGGAAAUGCUAUGGAUAACAUCCCUGGUCUUACACAUCCUUUAACAGACAAAGAUGUCAUAGAUGUUGGGACACGGCUGCAGUUUAGGGCUUUCUACACCCCUGGCCAUACUGUAGGUCACAUGAUUUACCUUCUGGAUGGCAGAACUUUUGGGGGUCCCAGCAGCCUCUUCUCAGGAGACCUGCUCUUUCUCUCAGGAUGUGGGCGAAUGUUUGAAGGCACUGCGUCAACAAUGUUAUCAUCACUGGACACAGUUGGCUCACUGAACGACAGCACUCUGCUCUGGCCUGGCCAUGAGUAUGCUGAAGAUAGCCUGCUGUUUGCUGCAGAGGUGGAGCCUGGUAAUGUGGUGCGUGACCAGAAGUUACAGUGGGUCUUGCAACAAAGAGGGCAACGACUGUGCACAAGCCCAUCUACUCUGGAAGAAGAGAAGCAGUACAAUCCGUUUUUGAGGAGCCAUGCUUUGGACCUUCACCAUGCUCUGGGCCUGCAGCAGAACCAAGAUGAGGAUUGGACUUCGUAUAGGGCCCGAGUUUUAGAGGAGCUACGCAGACGAAAGGACAUUUACAUGGGCCGAUAAGUGCUUAGAUUUGGAGGAAGAAACCAAUAUAAACCAUUCCAGUUGGCCCUGUUGUAUUGCAACAUAAGGAGCUCACACACAGAAAUGUAGACUGUGAAGUGUAGAUUGCACACUGAUACUAAGCUGUAUAUGGGCAUUAUUAGGAUGCAGAUGGUUGAACACUGAGGCUAGGAUGACUAUGUAGGAGGGGUUCCCCCCCAGGCUUUGUAGAGUGAUUUCUAUUCUAACCUAGAUUAGUUCUUAUAUUUAAAAUAUAUAAAAACGUAAGCAUACCUAGCUCUGCACAGAACAGUACUGUUUAUUAAAGCUUCCAUAUGAACUGAUUUGUAUAUCUAGUAGGCACUUUGCAUUAUGUAUUCCUACCUUAUACCUAUGUUUACACACCAUUUCAUUAGGUAUACAUACACUCUAGAGCCACUUUGUACAUCUGUUAUGCACAGUUGGUUGGACCCCCACCCAUCCAACCAACCAGAGAGACCACUACCGCCCAGAUACUAUUUGGAUAGUGGACCAUUCUUUACACAGGAGUUACAUGACCAACAAGGCUAGUUAUCAGUGUAAUGAAAUAAUAUUAAUGGAUUAUAAAGAGAUGUUCAUAUAAUAUGUCAGGAAGGAGUCUCCAGUGUCACCAUGUUCUAACAAUGAACUUUUUCACCAUGGGAAAGUCUUCAGGAUGGGGGACUGUGAUGUUCCCAUAGUCUUCCAUUUCCAGUGAUGUGCAGAUGAAGAAUUGCACAUAGGAGUAAAUUAGCUACAAUAAGUAGACUUUAUAGUCAAAGGUAUGUGGAUACUUGAACGUCACACCUACAGUGUAUGAGCUUGUUGAAUAUCCCAUUCCAAAACCACAGACAUUAAUAUGGAAACCUAUUUCAUGAAGUUCCUGUGCUGAGGUUGCUUCCAGAGGUGGUUUGGAACUCCGUAGUGAGUGAGUUCAGCGGCCUUGUGAGUUUGCAUGGUCUACCACUUUGUGGUGGAGUUGUUUGCUAUUAGAUUUUCACAAUAAUAGUGCUUAAAACAGACCGGGACAGAUCUCGCAAGACAGGAACUUCAUAAACUAACUUGUGACAAAUGUGGCAUCUUGUGACAGUGCUAUGUUUACAGUCACUGAGCUUUUAAGUAUGACAUAUUUUACUGCCAGUGUUCGUUUGUGGAGAUUGCAUGGCUAUGGGGUUGAUUUUAUGCACCUGUCAGCAAUGAGAGUGGCUGAAACACCAUAACGCAAUAAUGAAGAGGCUAUAUAGUAUAACAUUUACACUUGCCAUAAUGCACCUAUUCAGUAGGUCUUGAUAAAAAUGCUAUUGUUCCUUGCAAAGCUAAACUUAAUACCGUAGCCACCAUAAAUGAUGUACUGUAGUGAUUUUUAAUAAUGAACCUUUUGAACAAUGGUACUAGAUGUACUUCCGUCCC